AUGCCGCGCAAAGCGAUUGACUCGCGUAUCCCCGCCCUCAUUCGAAAUGGUGUGCAAGAAAAGAAGCGCAGCUUCUUCGUCAUUGUCGGAGACCGUGCCAAGGAUGUGAUUGUUCAUCUUCACUAUAUCUUGUCCAGUGUGGACGUCAAGCAGAACAAGUCUGUGCUAUGGGCUUACAAGAAGGAUCUGCUGGGCUUUACUAGUCACCGCAAGAAGCGUGAGGCGAAGAUCAAAAAGGAGGUCAAGCACGGAAUUCGUGAGGCCAAUGAGGAAGAUCCCUUCGAGUUGUUCAUCACACUCAACCAGAUUCGCUAUGUCUACUACAAGGAAACUGAGAAGAUUCUCGGAAACACAUACGGAACAGUAAUCUUGCAAGACUUUGAGAGCAUGACCCCGAACCUUCUAGCGCGUACAGUCGAGACAGUCGAGGGUGGUGGUAUGGUUUUGCUACUGCUUAAGAGCAUGAACAGUUUGAAGCAGUUGUAUACCAUGUCCAUGGACAUUCACUCGCGAUACCGCACCGAGGCGCACGACGACGUUGUUGCUCGUUUCAACGAGCGCUUCAUCCUUUCUCUGGGUAGCUGCGAUUCAUGCUUGGUAGUUGACGAUGAGUUGAAUGUACUGCCAAUUUCUGGUGGCAAGAGCGUGAAGCCUCUUCCUCCACCCGAAUCCACCGACGAGUCUGCUUCAGGCCCAAAGAAGGAGCUGAAGGAAAUUAAGGAGAGCUUGGCAGAUGCUAAGCCUGUUGGUCCGCUGGUUAAUCUGGCGAAGACCGUGGAUCAAGCUAAGGCGCUUUUGACAUUUGCCGAUGCUAUCGCUGAGAAGACAUUGAAGAGCACCGUUACUUUGACCGCAGGACGAGGACGAGGAAAGUCUGCCGCCCUCGGUGUUGCGAUCGCAGCAGCCGUUGCUCACGGAUAUAGCAACAUUUUCAUCACUUCACCAAGCCCUGAAAACUUGAAGACACUGUUUGAAUUUGUGUUCAAGGGAUUCGAUGCGCUCGGCUACUUGGACCACGUUGAUUACACCAUUCUCCAGUCGACCAACCCUGACUUCAACAAGGCUAUCGUCCGAGUCAACAUUCAUCGCAACCACCGCCAGACCAUCCAGUACAUUCAGCCCCAGGAUGCUCACGUUCUUGGACAAGCUGAGCUCUUGGUCAUCGAUGAGGCUGCCGCUAUUCCCCUCCCCCUGGUCCGCAAGCUGAUGGGCCCUUACUUGGUCUUCAUGGCUUCCACCAUCAACGGUUACGAAGGUACCGGACGUUCCCUUUCUCUGAAGCUUAUCCAACAGCUUCGAGAGCAGGCUCGUGGUGGUAUGAAGUCAGACGAUACCGAUGUGGCAGACCGCAGCACUGGAAAGGCUGCCAAGGGUGCAGACAAGAACCUUACUGGUCGAUCUUUGAGAGAGAUUACCCUUGCUGAGCCCAUUCGUUAUGCCCCCGGUGAUUCAGUUGAGAAGUGGCUGAACAAGGUUCUUUGCUUGGAUGCCACUCUCCCCAAGUCUCACAUGAACACACAGGGCUGCCCACACCCUUCAAAGUGUCAGCUGCUCCAGGUCAACCGGGACACACUGUUCUCAUUCCACCCUGUUUCAGAGAAGUUCUUGCAACAGAUGAUGGCUCUUUAUGUUGCCAGUCACUACAAGAACACGCCCAAUGAUCUGCAGCUCAUGAGUGAUGCGCCUGCGCACCAGCUCUAUGUCCUUGUUCCUCCGAUCGAUGAAGAAGCUACCAAGCUUCCCGAGCCCCUUUGCGUCAUUCAAGUUGCCCUUGAGGGUCGCAUCAGCAGACAGAGUGUUCUUAACAGCCUCAGCCGUGGUCAGCGUGCUGGCGGUGAUCUCAUUCCCUGGUUGGUCAGCCAGCAGUUCCAGGAUGAGGACUUUGCUGGUCUUUCGGGUGCCCGAAUUGUCCGUAUUGCCACAAACCCUGAGUACACUGGAAUGGGUUACGGUUCAAGAGCUAUGGAGUUGCUGGUUGACUUCUUUGAGGGCAAGUUCACUAGCCUGGACGAGGACAUGAUUGCCCCCCAGGAGGAGAUGGUUCGUGUUACUGACGAGGAGCUUGCCAACUCGAAUCUUCUUGAUGACAAUGUUCACGUUCGGGAUAUUCGUACCAUGCCUCCCCUGUUCGGUAAACUGACCGAGCGACGCCCUGAUGCCCUUGACUACGUUGGUGUUAGCUACGGCCUUACACCUACCCUCCACAAGUUCUGGAAGCGCGGUUCAUUCGUCCCAGUCUACCUUCGUCAAACCCCCAACGAUCUGACUGGCGAGCACUCAUGCGUUAUGCUCCGCACUCUGACGGCCGGUACAAAUGAUGCCAGCUGGUUGGGAUCUUUCUCCAGAGAUUUCCAUCGCCGAUUCAUUUCCCUUCUCUCAUAUCAAUUCCGCCAAUUCCCGUCUGUGCUCUCUCUUAGCAUCUGCGAAUCUGCCAAUGCUGGUGCUAAACUCGAUACCGCUGCUGUGCUGCGCAUCUUGAAGAAGGCUGAUCUCGAUGUUGCUUUCUCUCCAUUUGACUUGAAGCGUCUGGAUAGCUACGCCAACAACCUUCUGGACUACCACGUCAUUCUCGACAUGGUUCCUCUCAUUGCCGAGUACUAUUUUGCCAACCGCCUGGCUGGUAAGGUCAGUCUUUCCGGCGUGCAACAGUCCAUUCUUCUGGGCAUUGGUCUGCAGCGUAAGAGCCUGGAUGACUUGGAGAAGGAAUUGAGUCUUCCUUCCUCCCAGCUCCUCGCCAUGUUCCUGAAGAUCAUCCGCAAGAUUUCCACUCACUUCCGUGGAUUGAUUGAGGGUGCUGUGGCCGAGACCAUCGUCGAGCAGGCUCCUGUCUCCGCACCUUCUGGCGGUGCUCAUGAUGACGAUAUCAUUGAGGACCGAUUCAAGCCACUCGACAUUUCCAUCGAGGAUGAGCUUGCUGAGGGUGGUAAGCAGGUGAACGCAGAGUUGCGCGAGAAGCAACGGGCUCUCAUCGAUGCCUUGCCUUUGGACAAAUACGCAAUUGAUAACGGUUCCACAUCCUGGGACGAUGCUGAAAAGCAGAUCCGCGGCGGUGGUGCUUCUACAGUCAGUGUGAAGAGCAAGUCAUCGAAGCGCAAGAAGGGCGAGACUGCUCGUGAGAUCUACGACAAGGAGAUUGACUCCAAGAGACAGAAGGUGAUUAAGAAGGGCACUGAGGGCCGUAAAAAAUAG